CACGUCCCAGUCCGGGUGUCAGAUUAUGGAAAUUUCCCCCCGUGUUGGUAGCGGGAUAGAGAGCCUGCCAAAAACUGCCAGGACUGUGGAAAUGCCAUUGACAUUCGCGUGUCGCUCUGUGGAGAAACACAAACAGUGCCUGGUACCGCUAGACACAUCGCUUCACACCUACCAAAAUAGAAAUGUAUAUGCCUACGAAUAACAAAAGCAGAAAGAAUUGUUUAGUCAAGGUUGUUUCUCGAACAUUUCACACGGGCCGUGCACCUGUUUUGACGAGUUCAAAGAUCGUAGUGCACUCUGGGAGUAGACCCGCCCCCUGUACACUGACAGCAUGAGUGACUCCCGUGCACCUUUAGCACACGGUGGCCAAACAUCAAAUAUUUACCGUCUAAUAUUUUGACUUCAAACAAAUGUUGCCCCGUAGGAAAAGUUUACCGCGCAGUUGGGACCCACGCCCACUUCUGUCAGACCUCCGGCGGUCUCUCAGGUCCAAGAUGGCGUCCUCCAUAAUAAGACGACGAAGAGGAUCCAAAAUGGCGGCAGCCACCACUGACGACAUCCAGGAUAAGAAGAUGCGCAUGCGCGACAACAGACCGAAAAGUUUUCACUUGGGAGCCCAUCCAGGCGAGGCUCUUGGUCUGAAGCCAGGACAGCCGCUGUCGGUGGAGGACAUCCAGGCGCUGAAGGCCACUCUACAGGGGGGCAGGCCGGCCACCUUCCACCCGGGAAUGCUGUCAAAGAACAAGAGUACCGAAGGCGGGAAACCUGCUCGAGUCAAAGAAAUAACGGCCAAGCUGCGGCCGUACUUGGACAGUGGUGAGAUGCCCCCGGUGUCAGUCUACAAGGAGUUAAAGGACAGGCUGUUGAACGAGGACGUGUCCAAGCGUCUGUCCGGAGUGUUUCAGCUCAUCUCCGUGUCUCUGGUCAGGACUGACGCCAACACCACAAGUCUCAAACUCAGAUUCGGCACGCUGGAGAACGCGCAUGCGCUCUGGACGCACAGCGCCCUGGGUCUGCUGGAACCGCUGAUAGAAACGGUGCUGACGUCACCAAUGAGGUCCAACGUCGGCAUGGAGGAUCUGCGCAUGCGAGUUGACGUCGAGGAAGAGGACUACCUUCCUGUGUUUGAAACCUUAUCAGAAGGUGACUAUUUUGUGCGGGUGAAAGACGAUAAAAGCGGACUGAGUUCUCAGGAGGACAUCCAGACCAGACCAGGGGAGGUUCUGCGGGUGGUGCAGGCUGACGAUGUAGCGCAGCUCAAGGUGGAGUCGCUAGGGGGCGAGCGGACCGGAUCGAUCUUGCGAGAAAACGUAGCUCACGUCGGACCGUUUCAAGAUGACAUGCUCAAGAGAUGUACGGAGAAGAGAAGAGAGCCGGAAUCCGUUCCAGUCGUCAACGCUGAGAAUCUCCACGCCAUGGUCCCAGGAACCUAUGUGGUUGAAGAAGACUUCGAGGCUACGGCUGGUGAUGAGAUCAGCGUACCGAGUGGCACACGAGUGGCCGUCGCGGUGGAAGACAGACCUGGCCCGCUUAUCGACUGGUGCCUGGUGCGGUGUCUGGAGGACUCCAAACAGGGAUUCCUUCCGAGAUCCUGCCUGAAGCUGGAGGAGGCAGAUGCUGUCGACCCGACAUCCCCAGCUUUGGAGAAAGCGGAUCCAUUCGGGUCACUGGCAAGCGGUAACAACGGCGGUACCCACUCCAUAGGAGCCGUCAGCCGAGCUGUGCUGGACCGGUAUCGACAGACACAUUAUGACAGAGGACUUAAAAGUUGUGCAGACGCCGCGGUGGCUUCGCUCAAAGCUUUGACGUCCAGAGAGACAACAAGAAGCGACAGCAGAAGGUCAAGUUUGGAUGACCUUGCGGUUGGUCAGGAGAACAAAGAUGGCGGAGAGAUUAGGUCUGGGACUACCGCCAUCUUGACUCCCGCAGCGAAUGCUGGUCACUCGCAAACGGGAGCAACAGGAUCUCCAGAAGAAGAAAACAACGAGGAAAGUGCAGCUGAAGAUAACGGGCCCUCCACCGCUUCCGAGGGAGACAAGGAGAACAUCCACUACCUCAGGAGCAUCCUCAAGUCUGCCGAGGAAAACGAAGACCUCAAGGCGGUUUCGGACAACCUCAACAAGCUUCUCCACGUCUUAAUUCGCGAAGACGGAGAGGACAGCCUUGCCGAAUCUGCUCAGUGUGCCAAGAAACUGCAGGAGAUCGGUGCCAAACUCGAGGACCCUAAAACUCAGGCGGCGGCCGAAAUAUUUUUGGCCCAGAUUAGUAAACAAAAGGGAGACUUUACUAAAGCAAAAGACCAUUUCCUCGCAGCUAUAACAUAUCAAUUUGACACAAAGGGCAUGGAUAAGGCCUUGGUGGCUAGGCUGCAUUGUGAAGUGGGAAGCCUGUGCGCUGAAAUUGGUGACUUCGACGGGCGGAACGUUUCUAUGGAAAAGGCGCUGUCGCUGCUAAAUCACAUCGUUCCCGGCAAAUCAGAUGACAUGCUUCCUGAAGAUGUCAAAGUCGUAAUACCUCUGUAUGAGUAUUACAUGUUCAAGGCCAUUCUCGCUAACGAUACCAAGACCGAGAACAAAAUGUGUCGACAGCUUUUCCGUCUGUACGGCCAGGCUAACGCCCUGCGCUGGAGCACGAUGUGCGCAGAACGUGCCCUGCUCAUCAAUAAGGCAGAAGAGAGACCUACACUGGGGGACUUCUACACACUCCAUACGCUGUACGCCCAAGACGGGAAAUGGUGCUCCGCCUCCCUGUGUCUUAAAAUAGUCCUGGAGUACGAAACAGCCAAUCCCACCUUGUACCUGAAGCUCGCCGACCUGUGCAUCAAGGGGGCCAGUAGCAGCACGCAGGAUGAUGCAGACAGAAAGGUAGUUCCCAGCGAAACCAGGAAAUACUUCCAGCGGAUACUUGAUCUGACGGCCGGUUCGGAAAACCGCUCAUUGCAGUUUGAGGCCCACACCGGCCUCUUUGCUGUGAACGGAGGGAAGAACGACGUCGCUGCCGCCGUACAGCACCUAGAGGAGGCCAUCUCACUCAGCCAGGAUCUGGGAAUGGUUACCGAGCGUCUCGAACUGUUGACCGUCGCGGGGUCUUUCUACCAAGAGAGGUGCCACGAGGGCAAGACGGCAACAUCGAAACUAGAGGAAGCACUGUCCCUGGCAAACCAAACUAAAUCCGAACUCGGAGGAGGCAUCGUGUGCAACAAGCUCGGGCUAGUCUUGCAGUGGCAGGGCUACUACAAACAAGCAGAGGGAUAUCUUAAGAGAGCACUGCUACUCAGUCUGAGGACCAACAACAAAAUCAAUGAACUCAUAUCGUACGCCAACAUAGCCAGCCUGUACAAAGAUUGGAAGAACUACUACAUCGCAGAGAAGUGUUUACGUAAAGCCCUCCUGAUCGAGGUACCGACCGAAGGUGAAAGGCUUGCUUUCAACUGUUACGCAGACAUUUACGCUGCACUGGGAAACAUCUACCUCUUCCAUUUGGACAACAAACCGGCAGCGAAGUGUUACUACGAGAUGGCACUGGCCGUAGCCAUGUGGAACAGCGACAAGCGUGGUCAGAUGCACCUGGCCAACUUCCUGGGAACUUGCCAGGGAGAUCUCAACGACGGGCAGGAAGACCAGGCGCCCAAGUACUUCCAGUUCGCGCUACCUCUGGCAGUAGAGCUGAAGGAGAGGUCCGUAGAGGGGGUACUCCGGGCAAGAUUGGGGGAGAUGCACCUCAAGGCGGGUAACCACCAGGCGGCACUCAGCCACACCAAGGAUAGCCUCGGCAUAUUCAUAGACUUGGACGACAAGAAAAACGAAGCCAGGACGUGGAAGGCAACCGGCGACAUCUACAGCAGUAUGGAGUCGUUUGAACUGGCAGACAUGUACUACCAGAAGGCGAACAUCAUAGCGACGGACAUUGGAGAUUUGGACGAACAAUGGACCGUUUCCCAAGCACUGGGGAAGCUCUACGCCUACGAUAUGAAUGAGCUUAACAGAGCUGUAGACUUCUUCCAACACACAGUCCUUCCUUUGGCCGAGAAGACUGGAGACAAUAGCAAGGAAAUUCUAGCUCACAAUUGGUUGACCCAUCUCAUGUACAAAGUCAAUAGAUACGAUGAUGCCACCACUCACGCAAAUCGCGCCUGGCGGCUUAGCGCAGAAGCACACAACCCUCUCUGCGAGCGCGUGGCCUGCCUCCGCCUGGCUCGCCUCCACUUGUGCCAGGAACAGUACGAGCUUGCCGAGCACUACUUCCUUCAGGCUCUCUCGCUCACACACGGGGUGUUCGUGGAAGACGUGGGCUGUAGAUUUUACCUGAACCUGUUCUCUACCCUCGCGGACAUCACUUUGAAUCACAUGAAGGACGCCAAAGAUUCUGCCACCUACUACGAGAUGGCGCUCGGACUUGCCAUGCACGGCGGGUUCAGGGCAAAGGAGAUGUACGUCCUGACGCAGUUGGCCAAGAUCUAUCACACCCAUCUCAACGACAAGGAGCUGUCACUGGAGUUCUACAACAGAGCCAGGCUUCUUGCCACUGAGCUGAGAAAAUCGUCAGGGUCCAGGUGACCCGUCACAGACAGAUGAAAUCAAACCGUUCAAAACCUUCAAACAAUGCAUGACGUUGUCCAAGGCCAUAUGCAAGUAAUCAAGAGCCUUUAAUGCCCAGUUUCGACAACGGAAUCUUCUCAACAUUGAAGAUUUGAUACUAUGGGGAACACUACUAAGGUUAUCUGUGCCUAUUGGUUUCUUAGUGCCAUAUUUAACCCAAUGACAGCAUUGUACAACUGUUAUAUCAGUUAAAAAAUCUAGAACACAUAUGCAUUCUAAAACAAUCAUUACAUGUAA